GAACGAUAAAGGAGCUUUGGCAAUUUCGGCGCCGGUUGCAAAGGCUUACCUCACGGCCCCCUUCGAGAUGGGUGUGUUCAACUUCUCCGCCGUCUACCAGCUUCACAAGCAGAGCAGCAAGGAGACUCGUCAGCCGCUCCGACCAGAACGGCUGCUGAAGUUCAUCAUGACCUUGGAGGACGUUUCUGUCACAAAAGUGGAGAUGGAGCAGGCACCCUUCCUGCCCGGGCACUUUGUGCAGAGCGAUGGGCAGAACUACGUGUGCUAUUUCUUCUCUAUGCACGACUGCCUGACGUCCGAUAAGGUGAAGGAGCUGAAGAAGACCGGCCUUCAGUUCGGUGGGAUUCAGGAGAGUGGCCUGGAACGCUGGACUUGCGAAGCAGCGCCGCAGUGA